AUGAGCGAUUUACAACGGUCCUUCGUUAAACCUAAGCUUCCAAAGUUCGCUCCUCCAAUGUUCAACGAAGCUGAUGAGGAGGAAGAGAUUGAUAUUCCUGGUGAAUUGCCAGAUCUGCCAGUAGAUGAUGACUCUUCCUCGGCAUCCUCAGCUUCAUCUACUGGCACCAUCAUACCAUCCUCAAAUCAGAAAUUGUUUGCUCGGCCGCAAGGUAUUCCCAAUAAACGGACGAUGGACCAGAUACCGUGGACGACGUACUUCGAGCGAGAACUGUUUCUUGAACAUAAGAUGGAGCCGGAGACUAUAACGCACCAUGCAUAUCUUACAUCUCCUGUUGGGUCUGCACCUUUAUUUGUUGCACAUCAUGGAGCUGGGUCAUCAGGUUUGUCAUUUGCUGUUUUGACAUCGGAAAUUCGGAAAAGGCUACCUUCUGCGGGCGUACUCUCCCUUGAUGCUCGUGGUCAUGGUUCUACGGAUAUCUCCCCAGAGGCAGAACUUCUUGAUCUUAGCCUAGAGACAUUAAGUUCAGACCUAUUAUAUGUCAUUGAAGCUACAAAAGAGAGAAUGAGUUGGAAAGAACUUCCGCCUCUUGUACUUGUUGGCCACUCUCUUGGUGGGGCAGUUAUUACAGACGUUGCAAAGAGCGGAAAGCUAGGUCGCUCAGUCCUUGGCUACGCGGUUCUUGACGUAGUUGAGGGUUCUGCUAUGGAUGCUCUUCAAAGCAUGCAAACCUACUUAUCGACUCGACCACUAGGUUUUCCUUCUCUGCAAUCUGGCAUUGAGUGGCACACGAGAUCGAGAACAAUACGAAAUACAUUGUCGGCGCGAACGAGUGUACCUGCGCUACUGAGACACGAUGAAGAAGCUGGCGGGUCACGAUCAUGGACGUGGCGCACAAACUUGGGGGCCACUCAGCCAUUUUGGGAAGGUUGGUUUGUUGGGCUAAGUAAAAAGUUCCUCGAGGCUAAGGGUGGAAAGCUAUUGCUGCUUGCUGGGACAGACAGACUCGAUAAAGAGUUGAUUAUUGGGCAAAUGCAAGGGAAGUAUGCGCUGCAAGUUUUUCCUGAGGCCGGCCAUUUUGUUCAUGAAGACCUUCCUGAAAAGACAGCGAUGUUGUUAGUAGACUUCUAUUCAAGAAAUGACCGGAGUGCAUUGGUACUGCCACCGAAAGUGUCAGAUCUCAUUAGGGCUGGUAAGAAAGUAUGA